AUGCGUCUCGUUUCGACCACUUCCACUCUAAGUAUCCUGCUGCUCGGCAGGGCACAUGAAGCAAUGGCUGCCGUGGUGCGCUACGACUGGAACUUCACGACACUCGAUCCCACUAUCUUUGAUGGUGUCAGGGGUGCUUUCGGCUACGGGAUCAACAACGAGCCAUGCGACAAGCACCCGAUCGACGUCGUCCUUGGCGACGAAGUGGAGGUCCACGUCACAAAUCAACUCACUGAGCCAACGUGUAUGCACUGGCAUGGACUCAAGCAGCUCGGGACCCAAGAAAUGGACGGGACUUCUGGCAUCACGCAAUGUCAGAUCCAGCCCAACGUGACGGCCAUUUACCGGUUCACGCCGGACAAAUGCGGCACCUUUUGGUACCACGGCCACGAAGAAGUGCAAUACGCGUACGGUCUCCGUGGCUCGCUCAUUGUCCAUUGCCCCGAAGACAAGAAGCAGAGCUGGGAGAGCGACGUCGAAGCAGAGUAUACGGUCCUUCUUGGCGACUGGUACCACGACUUGCCUGCGGGGGCCCCCAUUUGGGACACGGUUCUGAUCAACAAUAUCGGUCGCUAUGACUGUGCCGUAGCGCAAGCUGCUGGUUUAGAGUGUGUCCCGGGACGCCCAUUGCCUCGAUUCCAGUUCACACCAGGGAAAAAGUACCUCCUUCGGCUAAUCAACGCAUCGGCUUUGGCAGCGUUCAAAGUCAGUCUUGACGGACACAUGUUCCAAGUCGUUGCAAGUGAUGCCGACUACCUCGAGCCCUCGACGCCCGUCAACUCUGUGACGAUCAAUGCAGCCCAGCGAUACGACAUUCUCGUGCAAGCCAAGUCGACACCGUCUGAACAAAACGAUGUCGUCCAGCAACAACAACAAGGGGGUAACGAAACGGAUCCAGAAGCGACAGCAGCAGCGCUGGGCUCGUACUGGCUGCGCGUUAACUCGCUCUUUGGUGUUCCUUGGACUGCUCGCUUAGCCAGCGACGUCCCUGCAGGCUUCAACCCCGACGCGCUUGCCAUCAUCGACUAUGAAAGCAAUGCCACCGCAGACCCGACCACAUCGAGCUGGCCCACGGACGUGACCAUCGGCGAGUUUGACUAUAUUCCAGCCGAGCCAGUCGAGCUCCCAGCAGUUCCUGAUCAACGCAUUAUGGUGGAGUUCACGCUGGCCGUGCUUCCUGCAAACCCGGGGCGGUUUCUCGGAUACGUCUCGGUCGACGAAGGUCCUUUCAGCUCGCUUGUGACGCCAGAGAUUCCACCGCUAUUCUCGAUCGCACAAGGUGCUGCCACCGAAGACCUUCCAGUCACAGCAAACGCGAUCAAGCUGAACCACAACGAGCACGUUGAAGUGGUCGUAGUGAACGAGACACCGGAUCAGCACCCGUUCCACCUACACGUCCACUCGCCAUGGAUCGUUGGAAGUGGCCACGCUUCGCGAGACGCAAUCCUAUCGGGCAACAUCACGGCUUUGCGGCUCAGCGGACCCAUGCAGCACGACGUCUUUACUGUGCCAGAGUGCUUGACGGAUGACUCGGGUGCUUGCACGGACAUGGGCUACGUUGUCUUUCGCAUGAACGCCGACAACCCGGGGGUGUGGCUCAUGCACUGCCACAUCGACUGGCACUUUGUGAUCGGGUUGUCCGUGCUCUUUGUCGAGGCAGAGGAUGUCCUGCACGAAGAAGGUCUUGCUGCUUUCUCACCUAACAUGCUGUUGAGCGUGUGCAACCGAGAUGGCAACUUCACCCUCUAG